AUUGGGCAACCCAUCUUUGAAACUGGUCCGGUUUUUGUACUUUUCCAGGUUUGUGUUUCUCUGUCACCCGCAAACACGGGUUGCAAAACAUGUGCACUUCUACUGAAUCUCGAGGAAUCAUAAAUGCUGAGCCUUUGCUUCCCAAGGAGGAAUGCUGCAAUAAUGAAGAAACAAUGGGAGCAAGAAGCGAAGGCAGAUUUGUUAAUGGCUUUCUCCAAUGGCUUCUACUGCUCAGUGGUUCAUUCCGAACGCUGCCACUCACAGAGAUGGGAGAAGAGGUUCAAGCAUUGGGGAAGAUUGCAGGGCCCAUCGUGAUGACAACCUUGCUUAUAUACUCAAGGUCCGUUAUUUCCAUGCUCUUCUUGAGUCGUCUUGGAAGAACAGAGCUGGCUGGUGGGUCACUGGCGAUUGCCUUUGGGAAUAUCACAGGCAACUCAAUACUCAAGGGCCUGUCCACGGGGAUGGAACCAAUCUGUUGCCAAGCCUAUGGAGCCAAGAGAUAUUCAGUUCUCAGCCAAAUGUUUCAGAAAACUCUGUGUCUUCUCUUACUCGUUUCCAUACCGAUCUCAGUACUAUGGCUUUACGUUGACCCCAUCUUUCAAUGGUUAGGUCAGGACCCAGACAUCACAAAAGUUGCAAAGGUUUACUUGAUUUUCUCCAUUCCUGAAUUGCUAGCGCAAGCUCACCUCUACCCACUAAGGGUCUUCUUAAGAACCCAAGGCUUAACCUCCCCACUAACGAUAGCCGCCACUUUUUCAGCCGCCCUUCACCUUCCCAUUAACUACUUUCUCGCCACAUAUAUGAAAUUGGGGGUCAAAGGUAUUGCACUGGCUAUUGCUUUUAACACUGUAAACUUGAACUUGGGCUUGAUAAUAUACCUUCUUGUCUCGGAAAAACCGCUAAAACCAUGGCAUGGGGCCACAUUUAUCUCAGCAUUUCAAGGGUGGGGGCCUUUGCUAAGUUUAGCACUGCCUAGUCUGAUUUCAGUGUGCUUGGAGUGGUGGUGGUAUGAAAUAAUGUUGUUCUUGUGUGGAUUAUUGAGUAAUCCGCAGGCUAGUUUGGCUGCAAUGGGCAUCCUUAUUCAAACGACAGGCUUGUUAUAUGUGGUUCCAAUCUCUUUAAGUGGUGGUUUAACAACCCGAGUUGGCCAUGCUCUGGGCGCUGGUCAACCGUCCCUGGCCCAACGGACAGCCAUUAUUGGACUUAGUGUGGCCUCUGCUUUUGGACUCUCGGCCCUCACUUUCACGACUGUGGUGAGGUCUGUGUGGGGAAAGUUGUUCACAGACGAGUCUCAGAUUCUGGAUUUGGUUUCAGCUGCACUUCCAGUUUUGGGGUUAUGUGAACUCGGAAACUCUCCCCAGACAGCUGCAUGUGGGGUCUUAACAGGCACGGCACGUCCUAAGCUAGGUGCCCGGAUAAACUUGUUUGCAUUUUACGUCAUCGGAUUGCCCGUGGCUAUUCUCAUUACUUUCGUGUACAAUGUUGGCUUUCUAGGUCUAUGGUUUGGGUUGCUAUCAGCACAGUUUUCCUGUCUGUUUAUGAUGGGGUACGCAUUGAUCCGCACAGAUUGGAGGUACCAAACUAAAAGGGCUGAGGAACUGACUCUUGCCGCAGAAGAAAGGCCGCCAGAUCAUAGGGAUGAUUUGGAAAGUGGCCUACUUAUCACUGUUCUCUAAAUUCUAAAAAUAAAUCAAGUCGGUCGAUGGACCCAUUUUUUGGCAAGAGUAUCAAGGAUAAACCAGGA